UCCAGAAUGAAGGUCUCCGCAGUCUGCACGACUGGCCUGCUGUGGGUGUGUCUGGUGGGGCUGAGUGUGUCCACGCCUUACGGGGGAUGGAAGUCUCAGCCAAGCUACUCCAGCAACACGGGGUGCGCCACCAAGGUGCACCACUUCACUAAGAUCUUGGCCAGUACCGUGACGGAGACCUCCACUUCCACCUCCACCGUCACUAGCGCCACCGCCACUUCCACCUCCACCGAGACUGUGACGCUGCUGAGUACAACAACAUCUACCACCACAACAACCUCCGUGUCUACCACCACCUCCACUUCCACCUCCACCUCCACCACCACCACCACCAGCACCGGCACCACCACUGUCACCGUGUUAUCCCCGUGCAGCAUCGACGUGCGCAACAAAGACUCAUCGUCCAAGUACAAGGGCUGGGCCUGGUCCUGAGCGAGAGCGGCCACGCAGACCUCACAGCUCGAUUACAUUCCAUGUCUACGGUAACCUUAUGAUUAGUAUCGCCGAGGUACAUGUGCACCAUUUCAAAUUGUAGUUAUAUUUAUAUGAAUUCGAAUUAAGAUUCUAUUUAUGAGUUGUUCUUUUAAACGGUAAAUGUAGCAAUA